AUGACCUCUGUAGCUCCUUACACAGCCUCUUCAUCGGCUUCGAUGAAAGAGGCCGCUGCUGUCGCUGCAGCAGCCGAGGAGUACGGAGACCUUUUCAGUGGCUUUUCAACGCCUCCCUCCGCCUCCACCAUUGCCAUCUCCACCCAAAGUCAGGCGAAUGGUGAUUUCGGGUCAGGCGAACAGGCCGUGUCAUCUGGGAUCAUGGCCAUACCACCUUCUGCCGCCGAGACAGCGCCAGUCACAGCGCCACCAGCAGACCGCCAUCAGGCAAGUAUCUUUAGUGAGGGGGCAGAGUCAUUGGAAGCUUCCGAAGCACGGAGAGGCGACCGCAGCCAAAGCACGAGCAGUAGUGCGGCUGCACCCAUCAGCCCUGCCCUGAGCACUGCCGGUAGCGUCAAGGACAAGAAGUGGAAGUCCAUGCUCAAUAAAUUUGGGUCCAUCGGCAAGAAGGGACCCGGCUCUGAUUUGGCUCGCACCACCGACUCUGACGCUCACACAAUGCCGAGCUCACGUUCCGUGAGCGCAAGUCGAGGAGCAGGCUCUGCGUCAGCGACAUCGCACAGCUUCCAGCCCAUUGCCGGCAGUACGGUCGUGGCGGACCCCAACUCGCUCUCUGGUGACUCUUACGAGGGCUCUAUUGAGACCCCUGGCAGCUCCACACGGGACGUCAGCCGUUCCGCAUACAACACCAGCGCUACGACAACAACGCCACCAAAGGAAGCCCGCCCACACGGCGUGGACAAGUCUGAGUCUUCGACAGGCGCCUCAAAGCUGAAGCCUGCAGUCGAUCUCGCGGAUGGUGCGGUGCUAGAGGAUGACGGGCAUCUCACCCUGCCAGGUAUUGCACAAGCUGGUCCUUCCAGCCCCAACGGUAGCACCACCAGCGGACACACAAAUGGAGGCUCGAGUCCGGGAAGCAGAAACGGUAGUGGUUUCGCCUCCAAGUUGUUGCGACGUGUCUCUUCAGCACCAGACACCAACAAAGUCGCUGCUGCUCAAGCGCGGGCAGCGGCGGCUGCCGCCGCCGCCGAUGGGAUGCCAACUACUCCCACAGCCAAGGACAAUAUGCUUUCCCCCAAGAAUGGCACUUCUGGUCACGGUACGCAUUCUGUGUCUGAGAGCGGGGCGCUAGCUCCAUCGACACCGCAGGCAAGACUCGCCCCUGGAGUAGCUCAUGCCGUCGGCGAUCGGACAGCUCCGGAUGGUUACUUUCCCAACUCUCCCGUCCGAAUGGAUUCCAGUGCAACGUCUUUCUCCUCCAAAGAUUUUGAGAAAGGGGCUCGAUCGGUCUCAACACCCAAGCUUCGCUCUGGGAUCAUGUUCCCUGGCUCAGGCAAAAAGGGCGCAAGUGCGAAGGCUGGCUCAGGCGAAAAACAUCGCGGGCCAUUGAGCCCGCCAAUGUCAGGCAACAAGCUGGCCACGUUGCAAGCGAAUGGCGAGCAGAGUCCGGCGUCCUCUGGCAGAGCCAAUUUUAGGAGAACAUACUCUAGCAACAGCAUCAAAGUGCGCGAGGUUGAGGUCGGCCCGAGCAGCUUCACCAAAAUCAAGAUGCUGGGCAAGGGGGAUGUCGGCAAAGUGUACCUGGUGCGCGAGAAGAAGACUGAUCGCUUGUACGCAAUGAAAGGUGAGCACCGCAACUGCAACGUCCAAGGCGCCUUGCAUUCCGCUGAUCGUGCUCACCUUGCCUGCGUGCAGUGUUGUCAAAGAAGGAGAUGAUCAAGAGAAACAAGAUCAAGCGGGUAAUGGCCGAACAAGAGAUUUUGUCGACCUCCAAUCAUCCAUUUAUCGUCACGCUAUAUCAUUCCUUCCAGUCCGACGACUAUCUCUAUCUAUGCAUGGAGUACUGUAUGGGCGGCGAAUUCUUCCGCGCCUUGCAGACCAGACCAGGAAAAUGUCUUCCGGAGGAGGACGCCAGAUUCUAUGCGGCAGAAGUCAUCGCCGCCUUAGAAUACCUGCACCUGAUGGGCUUCAUCUACCGGGACCUGAAACCAGAAAGUAAGUGGCAGUCUGCACCUCAUCACACUUCUGUGGCUCACGCACUCUUGUCGCAACGUCCAGAUAUUCUGCUUCAUCAAUCUGGCCAUGUGAUGCUGUCUGACUUCGAUUUGUCCGCACGAGCCACGAGGCGAGGAGGCGCUCCUGCCAUGAUCCGGCAAGCUACCCCAAACAGCGCACCUCUGGUCGACACUCGCUCAUGCAUUGCAGACCUGCGCACGAAUUCGUUCGUAGGUACAGAAGAGUACAUCGCACCAGAAGUCAUCAAAGGGUGUGGGCAUACCAGCGCAGUCGACUGGUGGACCUUGGGUAUCCUCAUUUACGAGAUGAUCGUGAGUGCAAGCCGACGCGCGCCUCUGCUAGCAUCGAGCCAGCUGACGCUUGAGGCGAUUGUUCCAGUUUGCGACUACGCCGUUCAAGGGCUCCUCUCGUAACGCGACCUUCUCGAACGUGUUGCGAAACGAACCGGCAUUCCCCGAGUCAACGCCUAUCUCUUCUCUCGGCAAGUCGAUGAUCCGCAAAUUGCUCAUCAAGGACGAGAUGCGACGGCUCGGAUCGCAGUCUGGUGCUAGUGAAGUCAAGACGCACAAGUGGUUCAGCCCUCUGUCAUGGGGUUUGCUAAGGCACACCACCCCACCUAUCGUGCCGGCCUACUCGAAUGGGCUUGACGCCAUCAAUUUCCGUACUGUUCGAGAAAGCCGCAGUCUCAACCUCGACAUGCAAGGCAACAGCACUGCAGGCGAUGAGGCUCCUUCUUCGAAGCACAAGGCAGGAGAUAUGAAGGCUUCCGCGGGCAAGAAGAAUGUCAAGGAUGAGGAUGGAGACGCCGUGGCGGCGAAUCCCUUUGAAGGUUUCAACAGCGUCACUCGUGUCAUGGAGGUCUAG